AUGCCACACCUCAACACCUCGGCCUACGAAGUUCCAACAAUCAAUAUACCAACGAACGACUCCGGAGUCACGCCUCACAUCAUGGCUGAAGAAGGCGGCCACGCGCCUACGGGCGGUAACAACCACAACCCUGCGAGCGACAACCAGCACCACCAGGAUUUCACCAUCAAGCCGCGCAUGACCGACUUCAACUCAGAAGAGCUGCGCGAUACCAUGUCCCCUACGGGCCCCAUGACCCCGAACCCGUUUAGCAGAAAGAACACCAGCAUUGACAUUGACGACUACUUCACCGGUCCUCGCGACAUUCUCAAGCACUCCAAAUGGCCUUUGUUCAUGCAAAUGCACGGCAGCAUUCUGCCCAAGAUGAUUGUUCCCCUGAUCUGGAUGUCUCUGUGGGCUGCCGCUAUCACCGUCAUCGACAAGUACCGUACGACUAUGGGUGUCGACUCUGUCUUGCUUACCGUCCUGGGUUUCGUCGUCGGUUUGGGUCUUUCUUUCCGCAGUUCUACCGCCUACGAGCGCUACGCCGAGGGUCGUCGUUACUGGGCCCAGCUCAUUCUUGCGACACAGAGUCUCGGCCGCGUCUUCUGGAUCCAUGGUGGUGACAAUGAGGGUAUCGAUCCUAGACAAUCGCUGCUCCGCAAGGUUGGCUGCAUGAACCUGCUCCUCGCCUUUUCCGUCUCCCUGAAGCACAAACUUCGCUUCGAACCCUACACCCAGUACGAGGACCUCGAGCAUCUCGUCUCCCACAUGACGACCUUUGCGCAAGAAGCCACGUCUGCCGAGCCCGAGAAAAUGACUCUGAAGAAGAAGAACUUCUUCAAGGAGACUGGCGAGUACCUCGGUGUUUCUUUCGCCGCCAGCAACCCUCGUAAGACCAUCAAGAAGGCCUCCCGACCUCUCGGCAACCUGCCCCUCGAGAUUCUCUCCCAUAUCUCUUGCCUCGUUGACAAGAUGGUCGAGGAUGGCCAGCUCAAGGUCCCUAUGCAGCAGACUCUCGCCUACAACAACGUUGCCCUCCUGAACGACAUCAUGACCGGAACCGAGCGUGUCUUGACCACGCCUCUCCCCAUUGCGUAUGCCAUCGCCAUCAGCCAGAUCACCUGGGUCUACGUUAUGCUGCUUCCCUUCCAGCUGAUUGACAAGCUCGGCUGGAUCACCAUUCCCGCCACCGUCGCUGCUUCCUACAUCAUUCUCGGUAUCCUCUUUAUCGGUCGCGAGAUUGAGAACCCCUUCGGCGAGGACGUCAACGAUUUGCCUCUUGAGGUCUACUGCGAACAGGUUGCCUCUGAACUGGACAUUAUCGCCUCAUUCGAGAAGCGCGACCCCUACCGCUUCAUGGAGUCUUCCCAGAACCUGCCCCUGUUCCCCGCUAGCAUGGCUCCCUACCACAUCUGGAUGGGCCGUUCCGAGAACCGCGUCCGUGAGGCGAUCAAGUCCAAGCACAACACCGUCUUUGAGUUCCGUAAGAAGGUCAUUCUCGAAAAGGUGGCGUCAAGGGCCGGCAACACCGCAACAGAGAAGAAGCCUAGCAGCGAAGGCACUACUACUAUUAACGGCGAUCACAAUGUCUAA